AUUUGUGGCAAAUAUAUGAACGCUAUUUACGUCAUAACCACUCGUAUUAAACAUUGACUUCUUUGCGACAAAAAUUAAUUUCAAAACAAAUUUCAUUACAUUUUAAAAAACGUUUGUUUUUUGAAUUGAAAAACGCAUUGAAAUGGAGAUCACGUUUGAGACGAAUGACAAGGUUUUGCUGCUCUCGACCGACGGCUCGGCCUUUGGACAGACAGUUGUCGACACAAUCGGCGCUAAAGUCAACAAAAAUAAUCUAUUCGUUAAAGACAUCAAUAAUUUGUCGGCGAGUGAUAAGGACUUUGACGUCAUCUUGAGUUCUGUUCAACAAAUAGAGGACAAAAUUUUGGUCCAAUUGUUGUCUUCACUCAAACCGAAGGGUCGGCUAAUUGUGAAGAAGUCGAAGGACUGUCAGUCCGGACAGACUGUGUCUUCGCUUAAGUUGAAUGGUUUCGUCAAAAUCGCCGAAACUAUGGAUGAGAUCACGGCUUAUAAGCCCGACUACGAGACCGGAUCAGCCGUUAAGCUAAACCUCGGCGACAGUAAGCCGUCUACGGCUAAGAUCUGGUCGUUGGCCGCAAACGAUAUUAUCGACGAUUCGGUGGAUUUGAUUGACGACGAGGACCUGUUGACCGACGAGGACAGGGCUCUACCGAACCCGGAAUCGCUUCGAGUGUGCGCCACAACCAAAGAGCGCAAAGCCUGUGCCAAUUGCUCGUGUGGUUUAGCCGAAGAACUCGAGUCCGAGGCCAUCGAUAAGGUGCGAGAGAACUCGCAAAACGCCAAGUCUUCGUGCGGUAACUGCUAUUUGGGUGACGCCUUUCGGUGCGCGAAGUGUCCAUAUCUAGGAAUGCCUGCCUUUAAAGCCGGAGAGAAAGUGGUGUUGGAUAACUCGAGUGACAUAUAAUCUGAUCCACGAUUUGUAUCUCAAAAUUCAAGUCAUCCAUAUAUAUGUAUGUAUUGGUACACGUGUUAAAACGCGUGCACUAAUAAUGUACGCUUAUUUUUGUGACCAAUUUUGUUAAUUUAAAUAACAGUAAAGUUUGUAGUAAUAAGUAAACCACAUAUAAGUUAUAAUUUUUAAUUUGAAAUCUUGUAAAACACAAAUAUUAAUAAAAACGUUUAGAUUUAAAUUAAA